CCCUCUAGACACACUCACCACUCACCACCCACUCGCUUGUUUGCCUGCGGACAGGAACCUACGGAUACAUGCUGCAUGCACACUCAACAGCGAUAUCGAGCAUCCAUGGGGCGACGCCGUUGUUGAUUCCAUGCUGUCGACAGCCAGCCAUCUCCUCUGGGGCCCUCCCUAUGUGUAUACGCCCUUCUCCGACCUCCGCGAUACAAUAGGUACCUGCCUGCAUACGUACCUGCAUGACCUAACCGACGGCUAGUAAAUGGCAAAUGCCUAUUGUGAUGCUCAUCAGUCUCUGUCCAUCACUUCAUCCACUCCAUUCAUGCAUGCAUGCGUCGUCGCGGGACACCAGGAAACACCUGACUUACUGGCCAGCCGGCUAGCCAAUUCACCACCACGACGACGGCAUUAUUGGCCCGCGAUUCAAAAUCAAUGGUUUCCCCCCCCCCUCCAGAUGAGGCAUCACGGCUGCCAGACCCUCGUGGGCCAUGAAUCGGCUCCCUCACCAAUGGCUCUGCCGCCGCCUGCGCAUCCGGCCUAGCAGCACGCUUGGCUCAGGGGGCUGCCUCAAUCGAGCUUCCCUCCCAUGCACGUCCGGCCAGACACAUCCACCUUUGGCCAUGCUCAAUCCCCACCCCGUAUCCACCCAUGUCGCUACCGUCCACCGCGACGCUUCCCAGGCGCCCAAUCGCCGCCCUCCAGCCCGUGCGAGCUGCUGCGAUGCCUUCGCCAUACCUAGCCAACCCCGAGCUGACCACAAAUAGCGCCCUAUAUCACCCUGACCCGCCCGCCCCUGCGCCUGCCAUGCCCUCCUCCAUCUUAAUCCUCUUCCUCCUCUUGUCCAAGUGAGGUUGUUUCUUUUCCUUUUUGCACCUGUUGCUUUCCAGACCGAGGACCACAUCCGACGUCGUUCCGCUCUUUUCCAGCAAAAAACACCAACCGCUUAAUACUACUAGUAGUUGUACAUUCGCUCACAUUCGUUUGAACCCGUUAUACCUUUUCGACGCAAGUCGAUCCAUCUUCAAGUCAUGGCCGCUUUCAGCAAGCCCAGCGGCAUGAUGGGCAUGUUGCUCACUGUCCUCGUCGUUCUCCAGACCGUCACUGCCUCCCACGGCCACAUGCACAUGCACCUUAUCCACCGCUCUCCCGAGGCCGCUCUCGAGGUGCGUCAGAGCAACAGCAACGUUGCCACCAAGGGUGCCUCGGAUGGCACUGCCCACGCCCGUCUGGAAAUCCGCGAGCUCCAGAAGAACGAGGACCAGUUCAAUCUGUACUUGCUCGCCAUGGAGACCUUCAUGGCCAAGCCCAAGACCGACCCCCAGUCUUACUACCAGAUCUCUGGUAUCCACGGUCGUCCCUUUGUGCCAUGGAACGAGCCCAACAUGAAGAACCCUGGCCUCGGCUACUGCCCUCACCGUAAUGUUCUCUUCGGUACCUGGCACAGGCCCUUCCUUGCCCUCUACGAGCAAGCUUUGUACGCCUGUGCCCAGGAAGUCGUCAACGGCUUCUCCUCGGGCGACCGCCAAAAGUACGAGAGGGCUCUCGACGGUUUCCGCAUGCCCUACUUCGAUUGGGCUCAGGAACCCACCGUCAGCGGCGAGCACAUUCCCAAGUUCAUCCGGGACGAGAACAUCUCUGUCACCAAGCCCAGCGGAAAGGUCACCAUCAAGAACCCCCUCUACUCAUACAGCUUCGGUAACUCCCUCCCGUCCGAGUUCGGCUGGGGCCCUGCCAACGGAUUCCCUGCCACUCUCCGUAACCCUGGAUCCGGCACCACCAGCAACAACGAUGCUGUCAACACCGCUUUCGGUCGUGCCCGCGUCGGCUGGCGCCAGCGUGUUUACGCUCUUUUCGCUACCAAGGGUGACUGGGGCCGUAUCAGCUCUUCUCAGUUUGGUUUGGCCACCGGCCGCCAGAACACGGACAGUUACGAGGCUGUCCACGACGAGAUCCACAGCACCGUUGGUGGUUCCAAUGGUCACAUGUCCUACCUCGAUGUUGCUGCCUUCGAUCCCCUCUUCUGGCUUCACCACACCAACAUUGACCGCUACCUUUCCAUGCACCAGCUUCUCUCCCCCAGGUCUUUCGUUGCCAGCGGAUCCAUGGACUCCAACACCGCCCAGUGGAGCCAAGGUGAGAUGAAGGAUGCCAACUCUCCCUUGAAGCCUUUCAUGAAGGAUACCUCUGGUGCCUUCUACACCAGCUCCGACGUCAGGGAGACCCGCACUCUUGGUUACUUCUACAAGGAGACCGAGAGCAAGGAUGUCAACGAUGUGAUCAACGCCAUCAACAAGCUUUACGGCCUUGGCGAGAAGGGUAUGGAUCUCGACCAAUCCUCGAGCUCCUCGUCCGCCUCCUCGUCAUCCACUCGCGCUUCGUCUUCUGCCUCGUCUUCCGCUUCCUCUUCUCGUGGAGCCUCGUCUUCUAGUUCCGCUGUGUCCUCUUCUGGCCGUGCUUCUAGCUCCGCUGUGUCCUCUUCUGGCUCUGCGUCCAGCUCUUCCGCUCCUGGUGCUUCCGGCUCUGCCUCGGGAUCUGCCUCUGCUUCUGCCUCUGGCUCGGCCUCUGGCUCGGCCUCUGGCUCGUCCCGCCCUGGCGCUUCCUCCACUGGAGGAGCUUCUUCCAGCCGCGGCUCCAGCGCUUCUUCCACUGGUGGCUCUGGUGGUUCUGGUGGCAGCACCAGGCCUACAGACCUCCCUGGAAGGCCUGGUAGCGGAAGCGGCAAUGCCAACACUGGCGACAAGCCCUUCCCUGGUCGUCCCUUCAAGAACGGUGAUUACGACACCGUUCUGUCCGUUGUUGGAGACAAGUACGCUUUCCCCGGUUCUUGCAAGGUCUUCUGCUUCCUCGGUGGCAAGCAACCUGCUGAUGGCAACAAAAACAACUCUACUGGCAACAGCACUCUCCCUAGCACUCGCCCCGGCAACUCCACCAGCCCCAGGCCUUCUACUCCUGCUCCCGUCACCAACCUCACUGGCUCAGACUACUACACUGACCCCAACUACGUUGGAUCCCACACUUUCUUGGGUGCCUCCGUCGCCAAGACCAACGCUACAUCGCCUCUUCUCGUCGAGGGUUCCAUCCCGCUUACUGCUUGCCUUCAGGGUAAGGUUGAGUCUGGCGAGCUCAAGUCUCUCCACCCUGACGAUGUUGAGCCUUACCUUGCCGCAAACCUUCACUACAAGGUGGUCGCUCCUAACGGCGAAGAGCUUGACGCCGACAAGGUGCCCAAUUUCCACGCCAAGGUUAAGUCUUGCGAGGUUACUCCUGCUCCUGAGGGUCAACUCCCCACUUUCCACGAGUACAUUGACUUGCCCCGCGUCAACAUCCCCGCUUCUGCCCCAUGGACUCCUCCCGCUCCUCCCGCCACGAUCCCCUCGUCCGGAUCCCCCUCUUCGCCCAUUGGCUCUGCGCCGAUGCCUUGGGACGAGCCCGGCUACUGUGUCAGCAAGCAGACCAUCAAGUACGUUGACACCGACGGCAAGUUCUUGUACGAGGAGACCUACUAG